UGUAUGCGUGUUGAAGUAGAAAAUGUUUAUGUCAAUUUGGCAAUCAUCAUCUGUGUGUUGCUGUCAACUGUCAGUAGAAGUAGUAUUCAUUCUGUCAUAACAUCGGGUUGGUUUUUAUUCGUAAUGGAAUUUCUUAUUUAGCGUGAUUAUUAGUUCUAAAAAAUAGCAAACUGCAAUGGAGGGUGUAUUGUGGAAAUGGACGAACUACUGGAAUGGAUGGCAAACAAGAUGGUUUAUCCUAGAAAAUGGAAUUUUGUCCUACUACAUGUCUCAAGAAGAAGUAAAUCAAGGUUGCAAAGGCUCCAUGAAAGUAUCUGCUUUAGAAAUAAUGGGUAAGUAAUGUUGGAACAUACUUUUAAAAU